AUGGCGACAUCAAAACUAUCACCUACUUUUUAUGGCUAUAUAGGAUCAACUAAAGAUGCCUUGUUAGUCAUUCAGGAAACUUUAGAUAAACAAUUAGAAUUGGUGCCACGAAGGCCACAUGAAAAGGAAAGACUCCAAUUAAUCAAGUCAGGAAAUGUGUUUGUAUUUAUUGAGGAGCAUUCAGGGAUUAAACGCUGGACUGAUGGCACUGCUUGGUCACCUUCACGAAUAUUGGGUCGAUUUUUAGUAUAUCGAGAACUAGAUAAAAAUACUAUAGAUGAUAAGGAUGGCAAGAAGAAAAAGAGGAAAACGAGUACUAGUAAUCCAACUAAUAUAACUCCAACUAGCACAACCAGCCAGCAUCAUCUGCAUCAGUUGCAUCAUUCCCUGCACCAAAUGCUUCAUCAAGACUCCUUACCUCAUGCACAACACACGCUCUCUCAUCAUCAUAGCCAACAACUGCAGCAACACCAACUACAACACUAUAAUCACCGCCAAUCACAUCAAGAUCACACUAUUGAUCCUCUAGGCCAUCAUAGAAGAAUAUCAAAUUCGCCUAUCCCUUCCUCGCAACAACUGUUGCUAUCUCGUGACGGUCAAACUUCAACUACUCACCACCGUUUGAUACCUCCAAACACAAUACCUGCAUCAAACUCAUAUAGCAAUAGUAGUGGCAUCAAUGAGAAUUCGGACUAUACCAAGAACUUGCUAAGUGGACCUCUUGUAACUUCAUAUGUUUUCAAAGAUCAAGGACUAAUCAAAAAGACAUUGUCAUUAACCACAAAGACAAAAGACCUUCAUUUAGAUAGAAGAGAAGAAAAACAAACAAUACAUUUAAUAAGCUACUAUAAUGCUCAAGAAGUAAUGAAUGGGAAACUACAAAGACCUUCUGAAACAGAUUAUAAACAUGUCCAGAUUUCACCUUCAUUAUGGACCGCAGUCAAGGAUAGUUCACUAGGUGGGAAAGUAUCUAUUGAGGAUGAGGCGUUUUAUUUCUUAGAUGGGAAUUAUCAAUUGCAAAAUAUGUCCAUGUUGCAACAACAACAACAGCAACCUCUUCCAUCAUCACUACAGCAACAGCACCAUCUACGUCAUCAGCAACAGCAGCAACAACAACAGAUCCAACUUCAACUAUCAGCUGGCACUCAUACCGCAGCCAAUGAUUUGAAAUUGAGCUACGGCAAGUAUAAUAAUGGAAGUAUGCUGCAACAACAACAGCAACAUCAACAGCAACAGCAACAGCAGCAACAACAACAACAACAACAGCAGCAGCAGCAGCAGCAGCAGCAAGUACCUCAACAGUAUUACCCAACUGUAGAAAGCGCAACAUUCAUUAAAAGAGAAGAUGAUUCUGGUAGUAAUAGUGAUCUUAAUUUUAUUAACCCAUUUGGUGGAACUCAUCAACCAGUGCAAGUUGCUGGGUAUCCAAUGGCUAUUGCACCUAAUUUUAAUAAUUAUAUGUUGAUGCAACAACUGCUGCCGCAACAACUGCAACAACUACAACUGCUGCAACAGCAGUUUCCAUCUUCAAGUCAAUACUCACAACUGCAAAUGCAAAUACAAGCACCUCAACAACAAUCACUGCUGCAACAAUUUUCAACUUCAAAUCAAUACUCACUGCAACAAAUGCAAAUGCAAGUACUGCAACCAUCACAGCUGCAACAGCUGCUGCUGCAACCCCAGUAUAGCCAAUUCAUUCAGCCUAACAAUAUAGCUCAACUAUCUUUGGGCAAUACCAAUCUUCAAGAAAUGUACCAUAAUCAUUACCCGGGAAUGCCUCUGCAACAACUGCAACUGCAACCUUAUCCUCAACAAGCAUCUACAAAUGCAAUCUCUGCAACUAGCUCCUCCAACGCAUCCACGUCUCAGCAGCAGCAGCAGCAGCAACAACAACAACAACAACCAUCGUUUACAGUGGUGGCACUGUCGGGAACCGUAUUUCCAUCAUCGGCAACUGCAACAUCAGGAUCAACUCCAGGAACAAGUAUAACUACUGCAUCGGCAUACCCACAAUACCAUUUUAGUUCAGUUUCCUCUGAUCAGUACUCUUUAGGUAAUGGGUCCGUUAGUUCGAUGAGUAGUGGAUUAUAUCACCCUCCAGUUUCAUCAAGCAGCAGUUUGGGUAGUAUACCAAUUUCCAAUAGUAUAGCUGGUAAAACUCGGAAACUUAGCAAUCAAACUCACAGCAGUUCAGGCAGUUCAGGAAAAGUUCCUACUACAUCCAAUUUCACUGGAGGUAAUAAUGGAAAUAGUAAUAGCAGCAGCGUUAUUGGUGGGAUAAAUUGGUAUGGUAAUAAUAGCUCAUCUACUAAUUCGGUGCCCAUUGCAAGCAGUAGUAGUAAUGAUGGAUACUCUUCAACCACCAAUACAAUUUCAUCUACUAUAACAAAUGCAAAUGUGAACUCAAAUACAACCACAAGUAGUCUCAAUUCUGGGAGCAGUAUUGGAGGUCUUGCAAAUCUGAAUUCUUCUUCAACUACUUCAAUCGUUCCUACUAUUAAUCUGCAACUGAAUACUUCAACAUCAACAUUAUUAGCUCCUGACUCCCAUUAUACUCAUACUAGUUCCUCAUCAACAACGACUGCAAAUAACAGCAACAGCAACAGCAACAAUAACAAUAACAAUAACAACACUAACAGCAAUAACAACACUAGUAACAACAACAACAACAACAACAACAACAACAACAACAACAACAACAACAACAACAGCAAUACAUAUAAUCGACAACAUCAGUACAAUCAUCAACCCGUCAAACAUCAAAUGUAUCCCCCCUCCACUAUCCCCCACCAGAAUAAAUGGACCACCUCAUCAUCUUCAACAAACAUUGCACACGUUGCACCCAUGGCGACCGCUACUUCUACAUCUACAACAGGCAUUGCUUCUGCCCCACACUAUUUACAGACUUCAGGACAUUUAGGAGGUACCAGCGCCAUUAAUGCUAGCUCAGCUAGCGGUGCGGGUUCAAAUGCUGGCUCUGCAAGUACGAUAUCUGCUGCACACGGAAAUGACGAUCCGAGUGAGAGUCUUAGUGGUGGUGCUGGCGGUGGUGCUGGCGGUAGCGCUGGCGGCACAGAGGGUACUGGUAAUAGUAAUUCCACUGCGACAUUUUUUUCCAGUGCUGUUUAG